GGAACCUUUAACGCCAAAGCAGGUGAUGAGCCCCACUAUGCCCCGCACAUUGAGAUAGCUGGACAUAAUAUGUGCAGGCGGCAACGGCAGCCCGGGCUUGCAAUUUCAAUAUUCUGUAGCAUUUUCACACGAACCUCGACCCUUUGGAGCCCAGCUGCUUCUCCUUCCACUCUUCCCUUCCAUGAUCUUCAGAUAGCUUCCGCUCGCGUCCUGGACUAUCACGACCUCCACCACCAGAGCCGUACUAUAACGGGCGUGCUUUACCGCCUCCCGUUGUUCACUCUGCCGACAAAAACUAAGGCGCCCGUCUUAGUAGCUUGCCCUUUACAUUUUCUUGGACGACAACACCCCUCCCUUCUCGACACGUGCAGUCCCCCGGGCACCUCGACAUUUGCGCGCAACUCCUCGAUCCCGAUUUUGAUCCCAUCUUAGCCCGUACAUCGCAUACCAUAUACCCCGGAACGGCUACCAGGCUUAUACCCCGACUAGAUUUUGGAACUUCGACUGGAUCGUACA